GUCCCUUCCUCCUUAGGCAUGUUGUUUUAUGGAAUCUAGGGUGGGUUACUUCCUUGAUGCCACGAUGAGCUUAACACUACAUGACAGUAUGGGGUGUGUGUCACAAACACCGGUUAAUACAGACAACAGACACUUUUCUCUGUCCUGAGUCACAAACUCUAAUACAUUAUCGUCAACCUCGUUUUACGGACACUGGUUACCUGCGCGCUGCCUAUGACUGAAUAUCUUAGCAGUGAAAACCUAACAGAAGAAGCAUACGACCUUUCAAGGGUUCUGUCUAAUACUCAGUCCACCUGGCCGAGUAGCAAACUAAACCCCGUCAGUACAAAAAGUAAAGUUGCGUAUUCCAAUCAUUCCACUGCCGUGUUUCAAGAACAAGGUAAUUUUCAAGGUAAUUACAGAGAGAGACCAUUAUGGGGAAUGUUCGGGAGUUUUCUUCAGGAUGACCUUGUUAAUGUUACAGUUGAGAAAUUAGACAACGUCCUCUUUAAAACGUGUGCUUUAGUCUUUAUAUCGAUAAACAUGUGUUUUGACGUUUUUUUUUCCUGACUACCCGCUUAAUACGGACACCCGGAUAAUAUGUACACUGUGGCAUGUCCUUUUCGUGUCCGUAUUAAUCCGGGUUCCACUGUUUCUGUUUUUAAGUACACUGUACAUGGCUUUUUUCUUAAAUGUAGGUAAGAGAUUUCUCUUUGUUGCAGAUUUAUCAGAGCAGAGCUCUGCCGGCAGAUCGAAGGAACAGUUACCAAGUCCCUCAGGUACCAAUUUAUAGCCCCUGUCCAUACGAAUCCAGAUGUGUCAUGAAAGAUAUUAAUCAUCGUGGAUAAUGUGUAUAAAGGGUUUAGUUUUAUCGUGUGUCUCACGAUUGUCACUUUGAUAUUGAUCACGACGUUUCGACCGCACACUGCAGGUCUUCAUCAGGCGAUAGUGUCGAUUUACUGAGUCGGACUAUUUGUACCACCUUGAUGACUUGAUUGUUAGUGAUUGGUGUAUCACAAACCUCGGUCAUGGUUGGUAGGUUUCGAUCCAAAGCAUUGUUGUCAUUGUUGGUAUUGUGAGAGGAAGAAACUGAUCCCUCAGCGGUCCGCUGGGGUAGAAACCCCAUGUUUGAAACCGCAUUUUUUUACGAAGGGUGUAAUUUGCAGGUUGCAGGUUGCAGGUCAGUAUUUGAAGUACGCGCGAACGGUCAACGCUAAACUGAUUUUGUAAAAAAAAAAAAGCUGUCUUUACAGCAUCACGCAAACCGGAAAUAUCUAUAGUCCCAGGAAAUUGUUUUUUGGGAGUUAGAUUUUGCAGCCGGAGCCCUAUAGAUCGAAAUUUCUCAGCUUCACACUUUUAAAAAUAACAACGAAUGGUAAAAAAAAACCGGAUGUGGAAAUUUCCACGGGCCGGUUAACCACGGCGUUAGAAUUUGAUACACAAGGUCGCGCCGGAAGUGUCACGCUUAUAAUACUUCCAAAACAGUACACUUUCAAAGGAACAAAAUAAAAAGAACGUACCUAGAGAGAGCAACGCACACAUUGAGGGCUGGUCGGAUGUGAUUCAUUUUUGCAAGAUCGGCAAUAACAUCAAUAUUUUGUACUACUUAAUUCAAUUUUACCACUUAACGGCUGUUGAAAUUCUCCACUACUAGCCUGCGUGGCAGGCCUUCGAAAGGGAAGGGGAAGGGAAUUAAGGCGCGCGCCCAAAUUUCCCCUUCCCCUUCCCCUUCCCCUUUUAACGCCUGCCACGCAGGCUACUCCACUACACUCUCCAUGUGCUCGACCACGGCGUAGAUUCCAACGAGGGGGUGAGGCACUCCCUUAUUUGGCCUAUAUGGGUAUGUGCCGCUGAACAGGGUAUGGUUUUCAAGGUCUUGAGUCUUAAACAGGGUAUACAAAUUCGCAAUUUAGUGUCUUGAACAGGGUGUCUUAUUAGACCCGAACCCUUAAACAGGGUGUGAAUGUUGGCGGUGUCCGGUCUGCGUCACGCUGUAAAGACAGUUUUUUUUGCUCAAAAUCACUUCAGCGUUGACCGUUCGCGCGUGCCUCAAAUUCUGACCUGCAACCUGCAAAUUACGCCCUCCGAUUUUUUUAUACCAAUAGGACGCGGAUGAAUCAGCGGAUUCACUGGUUAAGUGUUGACAAAAGGCCCCCCAAAAUAUACGGUUUCAUGAUUAUCCGAAUUCGAGUGGGCAGGGCCUUGCCUCUGUUAAGUUGACUUGUCUAAUUAGCUGAUCUUUCCCUUAACUUAUUUGUAAAACGAAUAAUGCCCGGUCCAGACGCCGAACAUUUCAUUAGCCGAACCUAAUACACAGAAUUAAGUACAUGAAAAGUUCGGCGUCUCUAUUUCAAUUUGGAACAGCUCAGCCGUUCUUUUCUCUUAGCACAUCCGGAAAUUUCGCCUUUGGAGCGACUUUGGAACGGCUUUGAUUCAAACGCCGAACUUUUCAUGUAAUGAAUCUAAUGCAUAAACUAUUAUAACGUUCCGUAUUUCCUCGAAUAAUAGCCGGGGGGAUUAUUUCUUUUUUCACACCAAAGGGGGGCGAUUAUUCGAGGGAAGCGAUUAUUUCAAAUAUUCCUCACUGGAAGUUGUGCCCUAAAUAUUUUGUGUUAUUAUCCCAUUAAAUAAACAAAGUAUCACAUCAAAUAAACAGAACAUGGGCUUUUAAAAUGUUCCAAAUUUGGUUCCUUGAUUAAUGUUCAGAACUUUAAUCAUCACUGAUCAGUUUUGCUGGAUCAGAUUCCACUUCAACUUGACUUGGGGGGGAUAAAAGGAAGAAAAGAGGGUCAGAGGCUUGGGGGGAUUAUUCGGGGAAGGCGAUUAAUCGAGGGGGGACUAUUAUUGGAAGAAAUACGGUAUUUUGUAAGCAGUUUGACCGAAAUUAGCAUUUUCGCCUUUUAAACCUCGUUUAGCUGCAAUUGAGAUCGGCGCGUGAAUCAGUUCAGCCGCUCUAAAUAAUUUGGGUCGGCCUUAAAGGAACAGUAUCCCGUUACUGCGCAUGCACCAAACUUUAAUUUUUUGACAGGAUGUCGCGAAAUCAAAAGAUGCGAGGAGAGUAAGAGAGUCUUGAAAAAUCCGUUUGCAUCGCGCUUGGCCGGGUUCAAUACGACACUAAAACUUCUCAGGAUUAUAGAUCAAUGAUAGGUUCGGCGUCUGAACGGGGCCUAAGGUCCUCUCCAGGCACCCUUAUAGAUUCUGAACAACAGAUUUACGUAACAAAACAACAACAACAACAACAAUGUAGCUUUUACAGUCAGAUGCAACGUCAAUGAACGUGUCAAAAGUAUCAUUUAUGAUUUUUAAUACUAAUUUGGAAUGGGAGGCCAGCACAUGCAAUAUAAAAUAGCCUGUUCACAGACCCUCUAUUUUCUCUUAAAGUAAUUCCCUUGAAAAUGAUGUAUUAUCCAGAUUUUUUUAGCCUGCGAACGGGAGACGUUUCUCCUCGCUCAUCGCCGCUGAGGACCGUUUCCACAGGGUCCAGAGGAGAUGUGUUUGUCGUUAGAACAUCAAAACCCGUCGAAAACCUCUGAAAAAAUGGGUUAUCUUGAUCGCGUUACAGUUUCGUUACACAUUCUAUAGACCGCAAACCACGAGACUGAGGGCUCGCAAGAUCGGCUUACACUAUAAAAUACGAAAAUCUCGGCUUUGGGUUUGCACUACGAGACACAGGGUACAGAGGAGAUGUGUUUGUCGUUAGAAAUUCAAAACCCGUCGAAACCCUCUGAAAAAAUGGGUUAUUUUGAUCGCGUUAUAGUUUCGUCACACACAUUCUAUAGACCGCAAACCAAGAGACUGAGGGCUCUCAAGAUCGGUUUUUUUUUACUCGGCACUUCGGGCGUCGUGCCGUGCGCCAGCGAGGAUAUGACUUGCAGUUAUUGAUUUUCAAAAUGGCGAACAACAAAGUCGAUCUGGGUCAGAUAAGAAGCGAAGAAAUCGUUUACAGAGGAUUCAUAAAGAUCCCAUUGGGCUAAUUAAUCGUGCUAAGCGACAGAUAUAGACAUUUUUGAAGGUGAGACUUUUAAUAAGUAAUUCAUUUAUUCACAAGAAACUCCUCUGGACCCUGUGCCGUUUCGCGAGGAGGAACGUCUGCGACUCAGCGACAGAAAUUCCAUACUGAUGACGCAAAAUCUUCCCGGAAUCCGGUCAGAAGCGCUAAUUGGUCGACGGAGUAGUUUCAUCGUUCUAGCUAUUGUUUGCGAAUGACAGACAAAAGACAAAAGGCGGCAAAGGUCAAAUGUAAACGCGAUGAAUCUCUAACAAAACAGUCCAUAUUUGUGGAAUAUAGUCUCCUCUAGAAAAAGCAUUUGAGUUUUGCUGGAGCUCAUUCGCAGAUGAACACAACACUUUUCCAAAAUCUACCAGGAGAAACGUAACAUUGAACAAAUUUGCAUUUGGAACCCCAUGACUACCGGAUUUAUUAAGUAAACAUCGAUUUACGUCAUCAGUAUGGAAUAUCUGUCGCUGAGUCGCAGACGUUCCUCCUCGCGAAAAGUCCCUGAGCGGCGAUGAGCGAUGAGAAACGUCUGCCGUUCACAGGCUAAGAUUUUUUCAAACUUGACUCAAAUGUCAGUCAUAUAUAGGGCAUUCAAAAACUGCAAUAAAAAGAUGGGGUGACCGUGCUUGUUUCGGUCUGUGUACCUGUUAUCCUGUUUUUUUCCUACUUUCGCGGAAAUAUCGCAAAAACUGUGAAUCUCACUAAAAACUUAAGCCAGUUUGUUUGUCUUGGGUAUAUUUCUCUAGAAGUGAAGUGACCUCAAACAACCCGAUCUUGAAAAAAAGGAAGGAAAAAAAAAGGAAAUGGACAAUUUUAACAACCAGAGAAUUACCUUAAGAGAUCGUCUAGCACGGGUAUGGAAGUAAUUUAUUGCCCGAAAGCGCAAGGAGGUAGGCAGACUUUUCGGUAGCGUUUGGAAGUUUUGGAUGCAGAGGUUCAGCUGGCGGACUUGCCCCGUUCGUACCGCAGGCGCCGAGAUUGAGUGCCGGAGGCACGAUCUUUAAGUGGGAUCCGAAGACAUUUUCGGCCCCACGAAACUUUUAAAAUUGGACUCUCUAAAUUUAAUUUCCUUCUUUCCCUGGACCGGAAGUGGUUAAUCGGUAAAAGAUAAGAAAAUAAAGAUUUUUACAGUUAAAAAAAUUAUUUCGUGUGAUAAUUACCGGACGUCCGAGUCCGGCGUCUGGCCUGAAACGAAACCCAUGGGUACGGGUCGGAAAAAGAAAAAAUAGACUUCUUUUCACUUCCUUUUUGUUCUCGCGCUUCAGCUUUGCGCUCUCUCUCACGCGCUGUCAAAUGGUCGAAUAAAAAGCAAAGAAAAACUUUCGCCGAAACAAACAGACAAACGUUUGUAAACAGGCUGAAUGUGAAAUAAUUGCAGUAUAAAACUUUUGAAAUAUGUAUACCCAAAAUUGUUCAACCAAUCGGUCCUCGCAACCGAAGGUUGUUUAGAAAACCGCUGAUGUGAAACUUGGUAAUCGUAAGCUUAAUGCAUCCAAAAUCCGCACCGGUCUUGCUCCAGUGUUAACAUGAGAUCAGGUUUUAUUUUUAUUCCUUAAGAGAGAAUAUCCACGCUUUGAUGUAAAUGACAGUAAUAGAUAAACUACCAUUAUCAUUGCUACCACAAAACUUGUGCAAUUAACUUCCUACUGCUCAAUGCGUUAGAGAGGGUUUAAGUUUUAAGAGAUUUACUUUCUUUAUAAACAGAUGCUGUAACUAAUUUUUUGGAGUGGAGUCAAAAUCAGCUUUGCUCAUUUUACAACAGUACCGCGAGCCAGUUAAUGAUUACCCCUUGGGACCGAGAUAAUACCAUGGACAUUGAUGAGGUGUAUGUACAGUUAACACUGCUGAGAGAUGACAGAAAACUUGCUGGAACAACACAAGAAGAGCUUCAAGAUUACAGUGAGCUAUUCGCAAGCCAUGGUCAUCAUCUAAUUCCUAAGAGAAUUUUAGUGUAUGGGAGGCCAGGAAUAGGAAAGUCGACAUUCACAAAGAAACUCGCCGUUGACUGGUCACGAGGUAAUAAAGAAAUCCUAAAGAAGUUUGCUGUUGUACUUUUAAUCAAGCUCCGAGAUGUUUGCAACACGAAAGACUUCUGUGCCAUGCUGCAAAAGGCGGAGCUGUUGUCCGCAGGUGACCCUAUGGUGUUUAGCCAAUUGUAUGAUUACAUUCUUCACAACCAACAGAAAGUCCUACUUAUUUUAGACGGCUAUGAUGAAUACAGCGCCGAAAAAUCAUCGCUAGUCCAUCAGAUUUGGAAGGGCGGUCAUUUGAGAGACUGCACUCUUCUUGUGACGACCCGACCUCGGAAAAAAGAUGAGUUAAGACCAGGAAGUCAUGCUCAGUUUGAAAUUGAUGGGUUUGAUGAUUGGCAAGUUAAAACAUUUGCUCUUAAGUUUCUUCGUGACCAAACAAAAGUAUUAAAGUUCACAGAUUUCUUGGAUGAACGCGACCUGUGGGACUUGGCAGAAAUACCUCUUCUGCUGUUAAUGUUGGUUCUAAGCUGGGAGGUUUCUGAUUAUCAAGGACCAUCUACAUCCCGCGCAAAUCUGUAUAACAGUUUUUGUCAGACGCUGCUCGAUCACGUGACCGCAAAAACCUCAGAUGAGACAUUUAGAAGCGUGGAUGAAUACAGAGAAGAACUGGCAAAGUUAGGGGAACUUGCCUGGCAGGCACUUUUAAAUGACUGUCUUUAUUUCAAGCUCAGCAAUGUGCCUAAGGACAUUCGGUUAUUCCUUGACAAGUUUAUCGAUUUUGGCUUUCUGCAGACUUCUAAUCUUUCAAACUCUCCUCGUCCUGAGAAACUGGCGUUCUUUCUCCAUAAAUCGGUGCAAGAGUUCCUUGCCGCCUCGUUUUUAGUUCGUGGUUUAAAAAAUGCCAAGGAAUUUUUCAACUGUCUGUCUAAAGUCGACUCAUUUGAACGGUUCAAGGAACUAUCUGAAGUUUUUACUUCGGCGGAGCGCGAAGUAAAGGUUUCGCGACGCUCAGGAAUGUAUCAAAGUUACAAUUUUUUGACAAGAUUGGGCAUGCAAAGUCUGUAGGUUUUCGGUUUUAUUCGGCUAUUUGACGAAGUGAGAGCCGAAUUAAUUCGAGAUAUCUCGAGAUCACUUCGAUUUCUUUGAUUCAUUCUUUAUCUUUUUCGAGGAAGAAAGAAUUAUUAUUUUGGCUUUCUCGGGGUUUGAACCGACUCACCUGUGUGACCCGUCAGAUCAGAGGAGACUCUAAGUUGAGGGAUUAGCCGAUUGCGCUACUGCGACCCAAGGUAGUUUGGAACGUGAAAAAUAGUUAUGAAAUGAUGCACUCGUUUCGGGACAAGAUUGGGCGUGCAAGUUCUUGACUUUUCGGCUUGUUUCAACUAUUUCACGAAAUGAGACCGGACUACUUCGUGAUAUCUUGAGAUCACUUCGAGUUUAGUCUUUAAUUACUCGAGGAAUAAAUAGAGCAUAUUUCGUGGCCGCGCAGAGGCACGAAAGUUCUCUUCGAGUGUUGAAAAACAUUUCACGAGUGAGCCCUCCUUUCGAACUGUUUUAUGAUGAAUUUAAAGUUACAAAAUGCUGCAAAAAGACAUUCACGUAGUAAAAUUGCUUUCAUGCGUUGUGUGACUUUCUCGAACGUUCUCUACGUUUUUGGAGUACCAUGAAUAAUUAAUUAGGGUAUGUUUACAUUUCAGCAUGAGUCAGCAGAUUUGCAUCAGUUACUGAAAUCAUAAAAUACCGUAUGUCGAAAAGCUACUACUAUUCGCCUGCUGUUUAGUAUUUUCUACAACCUUAUGUCAAACGGUAUACAAGUUCCAAGCGAGUUCUUUUGACGAACUAAGUUUUUUCCCACGAGCUGGACUGCUGUGUUUAGUCAAGUGUGACGAAGGUCGAUUUUCAGGUAUUGUGUUUACAAGUUCGCGGAAGUCGUAAGAUAUCUGAAGUUCAAGUAAGAGUUUGUUAUUAUUGGUAGAGGCUGUUUAGUUUUACUCAAAGUUCAAGUCAAGUUUGUGUUGGUGGAUGCUGUGUUUUAAAGCUCUGUGAAGGCUAUGUUUCUUUGGUGUUAAACUUCCUUGUGUUAAUCCGACAUCCCUGCGUGCUGAUAGUCAGUGAAUAAUUAUCCUCAAAACAUUCGAACUCGUGACUUUGAGUUUUAGCCAAUUCCAUGCUCAACGUAAUUGACUCCUUACCCAUGCCUUACAUAUCUUUAAUCAGUACAUGAGACUGUUAUACUGUUUUUCAAGCCUGAUGUAACUAAGAAAAAUAGAGAAUUGUUUUUUUUUAGAAGGAUUUGUAUGGAGUCAUUAGAGCAUAACUGGGCUAACAUCUCGGAGACAAUUUGUCCCGAAAUGCUAGUUUUUGGCAAGUAGGCCUCUUGGAUGUUGCUCUUUUCAGAAUAUCCAGACAAAUCCCAUAAUUUCACAAAUUAACACCUUACUCUUACCAUAUUUGAUUUCUUACUAUUCCUCCGCAUUUACAAUUAAUUAGUUCCACAACCACGACGUCGAAGUGUACGCUCCGUAGCGUCUUGUCAAAUUUGUUUCGGAGUUGUCGUCAGAAGCUACCGUUGCUGUUUUUAGCCAUCUGAAGAUGAUAGGAGAAAAAGAAGGUCUAACUGAUUACAACUUCUGUGAAAACCCCUCUAUUGAGGAGCUCCCUAAAGAACAAAGAGAGUUUUAUCGUAUUAGUCUCGAUCUUUUCCUUUCUUGCCCUGCUUCAGAUAGAAAAAAUGUCUUUCCUUCAUUUUUGCAAUGCGUUAAUGGUCUUUUAUUGAUAUGGGACACAGAACUGCCUGAAGUUUCCAGCGAACAUUGGCUGAGAUCAACAAAUUUCCAUAAGCCAGAUUAUGUAUUUUUUAGAAAGAGUUAUACACGUAUACCCCCAGAAAGGGAUGAUCAAAUGUUGUCUGUCAUGUCCGAUUUGGACACUGUUUUUGUUACAUGUUAUGGUGACGUAGAAUCCGCCAAUAGGUACCACGAUCUAGUGCUUAAGAGCUUUUUCAUUAAGAAAGUCGGACAUCGAUUUGUGUGCUAUUUAACUCGCCUUGAAUACCACCUACCCACUGGACUGCUUACAUCAUUAAUAUCAGCACCAGAGUCCUCUCUUCAAGAGCCUGCUCACAAGUUACAGAAUCAUGAUGUUUGCAACUCUUUGCAGUUAACUGAGAAAACAUCUGACCAGACUCUGACACACUCUCUGUCAUAUUUGAGAACGAUUAAAAUUGAGGUUGGAAUUGAGGGCCUAACAAGUGAACUUGGUGAACUUGUCAUUUUACUGAAUAAUCUUCACCAUGUACCUCGACUAUCUGAGCUUGAUUUAGGUGUUGUUGGUAUAGGGAAUCAAGAGUGCCAAAUACCUGCCACUGCUUUAAAGUAUGGUGAUAAGUUACGAUUACUGCGGUUACCAAGUAACCCAUUCGGUCACGGGAUAAGUGAGCUUGCCAAACACCUGCACAGUGUACCUCAUCUGAAAAAGCUGCGCCUUAAUUAUACACAGAUGGGUGAAGAGGAAGUCACAGCUUUAGCUCUUAGUUUAAAGAAUGUGACUCAGCUGAGUGCACUUGACUUAUCAAACAACCCACUCGGUCACGGAGUAAGCGAGCUUGCCAAACAUCUGCACAGUGUACCUCAUCUGGAAGAGCUGUGCCUGAGUUAUACACAGAUGGGUGAAGAGGAAGUUACAGCUUUAGCCCUUAGUUUAAAGAAUGUGACUCAGCUGAAAAGACUUUUCUUAUCAAGCAACCCACUUGGUCACGGAGUAAGUGAGCUUGCCAAACACCUGCACAGUGUACCUCAUCUGAAAGCGCUGGACCUGGCUGAUACACAGAUCGGUGAAGAGAAAGUCACAGCUUUAGCCCUUAUUUUUAAGAAUGUGACUCAGCUAGGUGCACUUGACUUAUCAAACAACCCACUCGGUCAUGGCGUAUGUGAGCUUGCCAAACAUCUGCACAAUGCACCUCAUCUGGAAACACUGCACCUGAAUGAUACACAGAUGGGUGAAGAGGAAGUUACAGCUUUAGCCCAUGUACUCAUCUACGUACCAAAUGAGAUGGAGCUUUGGCUUAGCAAAAAUCCACUGGGCCGCGGAGUGACUGAACUAAUCAAGUGUCUCAGAAGUAGUCUUCGGCUUCGUGGGCUCCACAUCAGUCAAGUUCAAAUGACAGAGAAAGAAGCCGCUGAGCUGCUUACCUUAUUAAAAGAAAGGCGCAUGAACUUUUCCUUUUGA